GUGUCGUGGAUGAGACAAGUGGACGAGGUCCUCGAGCUGCUCACCUGGGACACUCACACCUAUGUUAAGGACGACAGGUACCGUCUGGUCCACGAGGCAGGGGAGAGAUGGCAACGAUGGCAACUGGUGAUCGGUGACGUGCAGAGUGGCGACGGCGGCGAGUACCGGUGCCAGGUGGCCACCACACCUCCCCUCGUCAUGGACGUCACCCUCAGCGUCACAGAGCCGAGAGCGCGGGUGGUGGACGAGCGAGGGCAGGAUGUGGAGGAGAAGCACUACAACAGCGGCAGUAUGAUAGAGCUCAAGUGUGUCAUCGACCAGGUGCCCUUCCCUUCCCGCACCGUCACCUGGCGCAGGGGAGCCACCGUCCUGGCCUUCAACACCUCCAGGGGCGGCAUCAGUGUGAAGGGAGACAUGACCUCCGGGUUCAUCGCCAGCCGGCUCUACGUGGCCCACGCCGCCCCGACAGACUCCGGCCGCUACUCCUGCUGGUACGCCAAUUACACCAGCGACACCGUCACCGUCCACGUUAUAGCGGGAGAGAACUCAGCAGCCAUGCAGCAUGACGCCCUACCGGAGACCCCAGCUUCAGGGGGCGCCACAGCCACACUUCGUCAGCCGUGGUGGCCUCUGCUGCUGCCCCCGGUCACCUGGGCCACCUUGGUCACCUGCGGCCCUCACCUUGUGCUCACCUGGGCCAGCUGGUUCACCUGUUGCCACCUGCACCACCUGACCCAUGCUACCACGGUCACCUGAUCUCCUCACCCAGAUGUAAACACCACCCGCUUCAUAUUAUGGUUUUAUAACUAAUAU